AAGCCCGGCAUGGUUUAAGGCAACCCCCGACUAGUUGAAUCAAGUUUCAAACUUCUCGCUCUGUUCUCCGUUUCCCCUCCCUUCCCUCUUUCUCAGUUCCCACCCUCCAGCGCCCGUCCACACCCACCUUACCUUGCCUAUCCAUUUCCUAUCCCAUCCCCCAUCCCCCAUCCCCCAUCCAUCUCUCGUCAGUGCUUGCUCGCAUUGACGCCGAGCUCGAACCAACCAACCAACAGUGCAUCGGAUCCCUCCCCCGUUUGUUUGUUUGUUUGUCCCUCUCGUUUGCUUGGCUGGCACACCGCAUACGCUCCCCCGCGGCCUCGAUGCUUCUUCCUUAUUGGCCUGCCGCCUCAUCUCCAAUCGAUCGGUGCUGAAUCGUCGGGUGGUCAACCACGCGAUGGAAGGCUUCGACGAUGCCUUCUAUCAGGCACACUACCCUGUGCCGGACCGUCAGAUGGGACCCCCCGCAUCGCAGUACUCCAAUGCCCAUCCUCCUCCUUCCCAAUUGAUGGCCUAUCCCGGUUCCGAGCACCUCCAUCCCGGCACCUUUCCCUACCCGUCCCACGGCCAAGAUCUGCUGGUCGGCGGUGCGUCCGGUGCUCUCCUCCCAUCUCACCCCGAUGGAUAUGCCAUGCAGCCCCCAGCCCAUCAUGGUCAGCAUGUCCACCAUACCCACCAUGCCCACCAUGCCCAUCAUGGUCACCAUGCGCCUCCACAUCCCGCCAGCAUCGCCCAUCCCAUGCACGCCUACGACCCGUUAUCCACCUCCGCACAUGCCAUCCCGUUAGGCUUGGACCGGGGGACCCCCUUCCCGUAUGACGCCGCCGCCUUUGGGUCCUCCGCGGGACCGCUGGACCCGAGUCUGGAACAGCAUCCGGGCCCCCAGCAUGUUCACUACUCGCAGACCAUCCCCCUGGACCCCAAUGUAGCUUACUCGGUCGCACAGGCUCAGGAGACGGUGACAAACAACUUCUGGGGUCAGCAAACCAUCCGAGGGAUGACUCCCCAUGCGCAGCCCGCCGUCCCCGUAUCCCAACCAACGGGGGACUUUGCUUCGCAUAUACCCGGACCGUCUCGAGAUCAACCGGCACCACAGAGCCAGCCACAGAGCCAACCCCAAGAGUUCCAACCAUAUACCCAACCGGCAAACCCGCCCGUGCCCCAUCGAUUCAUUCAGCCGAAGAGGCCGUCGCCGGCGAAGCCUUCGUUCCCACCCCAAGCUAAAGUGGAGCCCAAAGAAGAGGCUCCGUAUGCCAGUAUCUAUUCGAAUAGUGGCUUUGACAUUAUGGGGGUUCUGGCUCAAGUUGUGUCUCGGCCGGAUCCGAAGAUAAACAUCGGCGCGGUCGAUCUGUCAUGCGCCUUUGUGCUCUGUGACAUCCUUCAAGAGGACCACCCCAUCGUCUAUGUCUCCGACGCCUUCGAACGACUUACGGGCUACACCAAUGACGAAAUUGUGGGACAGAACUGUCGCUUCCUUCAAGGGCCCGAUGGCCUGGUCCAGAAGGGCAUGCAGCGGAAGUUUGUCGACGACAACACCGCCUUUCGCCUGCGAUCGACGAUAGAAGAGAGAACGGAAAUACAGGCCAGCAUCAUUAAUUAUCGGAAAGGCGGACAGCCCUUCGUCAAUCUGAUCACCAUGCUUCCCAUCCGCUGGGGCGGUAAUGACUAUCGGUUCUACGUGGGGUUCCAGGUCGAUCUGGUCGAGAAGCCCGAUGCUGUGACCAGGAGAAAUCCGAAUGGAACCUACAUGAUUAAUUACCAACGCAGCCAGCUGCCUAAUUAUAUGGUCCCGGAUCCUGACGUCUACCGUUCCAACCCGGAUCUGGUCACCUUCUUUGCGCACGAACAAGUGUCUACCGUCCUCGAGAGCUUGGUGGGCCCGGAGCCCACAUGCCGACGCUACCUUGACCGUAUCCUUGUGGAGAACAUGGACGAUGUCAUCCAUGUUGUGUCUUUCGAAGGCGAAUUUCUUUAUCUUUCCCCAUCUUGUCGGCGGGUGUUGGAGUACGAACCGGUUGAACUAGUAGGGAAGGGGUUGUCGACCGUCUGCCACCCCAGUGACAUCGGCCCCGUCAUCCGCGAUCUACGUGCCUGCAUCUCCACCCAGCCGGUCAGCGUGGUGUAUCGAAUCCGAAAGAAACACAGUGGAUAUGUUUGGUUUGAGAGUCAUGGGUCAUGGCACAUCACGGACCGGGGACGGCAACACAUGGUCUUGGUUGGGAGAACACGUUCAGUGUACAGUCUGGAUCAAGCCGCGAUCAUUGGGCGCGGGUUGCUGGCGGAAAAUGAUGUCUGGGCGAAACUCUCGAUGUCGGGGAUCAUUUUGUUCAUCUCCUCAAAAUCUCGACCGGUCUUGGGCCGUGUGUCGGACGAGUUGGUCGGAAAGAGCAUACAAGAUCUGAUGGGAGCCGAUACGCGACCUCAGGCGCUGGAGGCGCUGAAGACGGCUCGUUUUGGCAAGGAAGUUUCGUUCACGCACAAGAUUCGACACAAAAAGGGCCAUAUGAUACCAGUGCAGACGACGUUAAUACCGGGGGAUAGCAAAGAAGGGGAGCGGCCUUCUUUCCUGGUCGCGCAGCUGCACUUCCACAAAGCUUCAAGCAGUCCCGAGGAACCCGCCGACGCCGCAGCGGCUCCUUCCGCAAGUCGAGAUGUCUCCAGCAUGAUCGGACCCAGCCAGCUGCCGGCCGGGAACCAGGAUGUGAUCUUGCUACGCGGCAACAGCCUUUUCACGGAAUUGGCCCCGACGCGCGGCUCCAGCUGGCAGCUCGAGCUGCGGGAGACGGAAAAGCAGAACCGCAGCUUGUCGGACGAGGUACAGCGACUGCUCACCCGGAAGAAGAAGCGCAAGCGGAAGCAGAGCACCAUCAUGGUGGAAAAGAGCUGCGUGAUGUGCCGAGCGAAGAGCACGCCGGAAUGGCGCCGAGGGCCCAGCGGCAACCGGGACCUGUGCAACAGUUGUGGUUUGCGAUGGGCCAAGCAAGUCCGAAAUGCCGCCCAAACGGCCGCGCGGGCCGCUGGUGCCUGAUGGUCUCCUUUCCCCCUGUUUUCCCGGGUUUCUUUUUUCUUGGAUAGCCAUUUCCCUCCCCCUAAUUGAUCGCGUAUUUUGAGCCCUCAUAUGAUGACAUUUGUCUCCCCCCCCCUUCUGGGAAUUGCAUUGCUUACUUGUUUUGGAUGGCGAAAUGGUGGUGGGCAGGGGGUUAGAAUGAUGAGUCUCACGAUGGAACGGAUGAAUAUGCAUCCCAUUCAUGCGGGCGCAGGGGUCCGGGCCGCGGGAGUGAUGUGAACCGGAGUUGACCUGUACAGUGUAUACUAGAACGGCCGGCGAGGAUGAUGAGGCCUCCUUCGGCAGGCAGGCAGGCAGGCAGGCAGGCAGGCAUGGGGAUGGGCCUGCAGCUACCGUCGCAAGCGAGGUGACGAGUCGAAAUGAUCCAUACUGUCUGUCUACAUACAUACAUAUGCCCGCGCCUCUCUAUCCGGGAGUAGCAAGCUCUAAUAAUACUAUACAGGGGACACACUG